AUGCACGAGGCACAAGUGAUCGCGUGCGUGGCUGCAUUCUGCAGCACCAUCGCUGUGCUCUCAUGCAUUAUCUUCCUUCCCUCCAUGUACACUACUGUGAACCAGCUUCACGAUAAAGUGAUUGACGGCGUUCAAACGUUCCGGGUGGAAACCGACUCUGCUUGGUCUAAAAUGAUGGAAAUUCAAGUAAAAGUUCUUCCUGAAAGUAAACCACUGGACAAUCCCUUCCGAACUUUCAUCCGCCAUAGGCGACAAGCAGGUUUGCCAUCAUGGUGUAUAUGUACUCCGAAAAGAGAGUGUCCGCCAGGACCACAAGGACCUCCAGGAGACCCAGGACCAGAUGGACCGCCGGGACCACCAGGACCACCAGGCAUUGACAAUCACGAUAUCCCACAAUCAAUCAGCUGUGACGUUGACACCAGCACUUGCAUCAAGUGCCCGCAAGGCCCACCAGGACCAGCAGGUCCAGACGGACCCAUGGGACCACCAGGCCCAGACGGUAUGCCAGGUCCUGCAGGUCUUAAUGGCAAA